ACGACUUCCGUGAGAGGGAGAUUUCACGUGUCUUAAGUUUCUCUGUUAUCUUGGAUAGUUCUCAGGUUCUUUUGCUGCUUGCAAAUUUAACGUUUUCAGACCGGUUAGCUGAUGUCCGCUCAAUAUGACAUCAUCUAGAAAUACAGUGGAUGAUGAGGACACAUUUAAGAUACUCAUUGCUACCGACAUCCAUUUGGGUUACCUGGAGAAAGAUGCUGUCAGAGGCAACGACACGUUUGUGACAUUUGAUGAGAUCAUGAAAUGUGCAAAGCAAAAUGAGGUGGAUUUCGUGUUGCUGGGUGGUGAUCUUUUCCAUGACAACAAGCCCUCACGCAAAGCCAUGCACAACUGCAUGGAGGCCCUGCGGAAGUAUUGCAUGGGAGACAAGCCCAUCCUCUUCGAGGUCCUUAGUGACCAGGCUGUCAACUUCGGCAACAGCAAGUUUCCAUGGGUGAACUACCAGGAUGAAAACCUGAACAUCUCCAUUCCUGUUUUCAGUGUGCAUGGAAACCAUGAUGACCCAACUGGGGCAGAUGGUUUGUGUGCCUUGGACCUGCUGAGCUGUGCUGGCAUGCUGAAUCAUUUUGGCCGCAGCCUCUCGGUGGAGAAGCUGGAGAUCAGCCCCGUCCUUCUGCAGAAAGGAAGCACCCAGAUUGCCCUCUAUGGCAUUGGCUCGAUCCCAGAUGAGAGGCUCUACCGGAUGUUCGUCAACAACCAGGUGACUAUGCUCCGCCCCCGGGAGGAUGAGAAUAGCUGGUUUAAUCUCUUCGUCAUCCAUCAAAACAGGAGUAAACACGGGGCCACAAACUACAUCCCUGAGCAGUUUCUGGAUGAUUUCCUGGACCUGGUCGUGUGGGGGCAUGAACACGAAUGUAAGAUUGCACCGGUCCGAAAUGAACAGCAGCUCUUCUACAUCACGCAACCUGGUAGCUCUGUCGUCACCUCGCUGUCUCCAGGGGAAGCGGUCAAAAAACACAUUGGCUUACUGAGGGUGAAGGGGAGGAAGAUGAAUUUACAAAAGAUUCCUCUGCACACUGUCAGGCAGUUCCUGAUUCAGGACAUAACCCUGAUGGACUACCCUGACAUCUUCAGCCCAGAGCAGCCAAAUGUCACCCAUAAAGUCCAGGCCUUCUGCCAGCAGAAGGUGGAAGAGAUGUUGGAGGAAGCAGAGAAGGAGAGACUUGGAAACCCACAAACUCCUGAGAAGCCUCUCAUCAGACUGCGAGUUGACUAUAGUGGGGGGUUCGAGUCUUUUAAUACUAUGCGAUUCAGUCAGAAGUUUGUGGACCGAGUGGCAAACCCCAAAGACCUCCUACACUUCACCAGACAGAGAGAAGCCAAGGAUGGCAUGAGAGACGAGGGCAUAGACUUUGAGGCACUCCUCUCUCGCCCGUCCUCUGAAGUUCUGCAGUUGCGAGUGGAGGAUCUUGUCAAGGAGUAUUUUCAGACUGCUGAAAAGAACAUGCAGCUGUCCCUGCUGACGGAGCAGGGCAUGGGGAAGGCGGUGCAGGAGUUUGUGGAUAAAGAGGAGCGCGACGCCAUUGAGGAGCUCAUCAGUUAUCAGCUGGAGAAAACGCAGCGCUACCUCCGAGAGCGGCAUGUGGAGGCCAGCGAGGAGAAGAUCGACGAGGAGAUUCGCCGCUUUAGGGAGUCAAAAAGAAAUACUGCAGAGGAGGAUGAAGAAGUACAAGAAGCUAUUAACCGCGCGAAAGCCCACAGGGACCGGCCUGAUAACAUAAGGGACGAUGACUUCAACCUGUCAGAUGAGCCUGUUGAUGUUGCCAUGGAGUCAGAUGAAGACUCCAUCUCAGAACCACCAGUUCGUGGAAGGGGGCGUGGCUCUAGAGCCAGAGGGGGAAGAGGCCAAAACACAACAACAAGAGGAAGAGCAAGAGGUACUGGUUCCCAGUCAGGCCAGAGAGGUCGGGGAAAGAAAGCGCUCUUGUCAAGUCCUGUUAAAACAAAGUCUAUAAAGGAGGCCUUCCAGGCUCCAGCUGCAAGGCCGUCACGCAGCUCUGCCCCAAAGUCCUACGCUAAAGAGGUAAAUAUAGAGGACAGUGACUCAGGAGAUGAUGUGUCCUUUUUUAACCCCAAGCCUGCACAAAAAGUCUCCUCUGUCCCUUCCACCAGUAGGAACAGCUCCCAGGGUCAGAGUCAGUCAUAUAAAGGAGUUUGCUAUGAUGAUGAUGAUGAUGAUGAGGAUGAGUUUGACCCAUUCAAAAGUUCAAGUCGGCAUGGCAAAAGAUAACUUGACAAAGCCCUCACAACACUCCCCUCUGACUUCAUUUUGUUGUUGCAACACCCGAACUUCAACACAUCAGACUGAGAAGUAGCUUAACUGUAGUAACUUCCUGCCUGUCUUAGUUAAAAUUGAAAACUGAAACGAGAUCUGUUAAGCCUCUAGCUGUCCAGGUUUACCUAGUGGCAGAUCAGAGAGAUGUUCUCCCAUCAGUCUCUUUGUGAUCGCUGCGGAGUUGGAGGCUUCAGAAACUUCACUUUGAAUUCAGUCCUGUUUUUCUUGUUUUCCUACUAAGAGUAUCAAACUUUCCAUAAUAACGUGUUCAGUGUAAGAUUUUAUGGCUCUACAAUGAGGAUAUGUCUCUGACGAUGGAAGCGUUUUUGCUCCCUAAUGCCUUUUUGCGGCGUGUUCGGUUCGUCCUGAUUGUGAUCUUCAGGUGUUGUCUAACCUUUAGACAGCCGGGCUCAGCAAAUCUCUCCAUAUGGAGCUUCCUUCGCCUGAGAGCUCAGUAAAUUAUUUUCCAAAUUUCUUUUUUGCCUCGUGUCUCCCUUGUGCUUUGCUUUGGGUUCGUUAUCCUUUCAGUACACCGAGUCCGUUAGAUGUCGGCUCCGCCUGUGGACUUUUCUUCAGGCUUUUAACGAAGUAAUCCGGCGGAGCGCUGCAGGAAUUUACGUGCGGCUGAUUCACAUUCUGCAAACUGGGAAUCUGUGUGUUUGUGCGCACUGUGGGCGAAAUGUCACUUUUCCACACUGUUCACGUCAUUAGAUGUGCAAACCCCCUUAAAAUGUUUAAGAGCUUCCUUUCGGGUUUUACCAAGUUCCUGACACCCGGAAACAUUGAGUUUUCACAUUUCAGCGGUACUUCAACCCAGACAGAAGUUGUCCAUACUCAACCUUUUUUCUAAUUGGAAUAUGCGAUGCACUCCUGGGAAAUAACAAUUUCAUAAUCCGACACGCAUUUCUACACACAUCAAUAAAAAUAAACGCGGAGCAGGAGUCAUGGGUGAGAUACAAAAUACACUUUUACCACAGGGCGGGAAUAAUCGCAUCGUUCUUGAAGACAGCGGUAUUUUUCUGAAAUCAAUUUCGGCUGUCUGUCUCGUGGAAGCUUUGGGAGCAUUUUGCACCAUGUACAACUUCGGAAUCGCGAAUUUCAAUUUAAAAAAUGCAAGAACGCCGAAACCAAACGAAAUGGAUUUUUUUAUUAUUAAAAAAAACUCCGUAGACUUAGCUGGUAUUGUCUAGCCGACGGAUUGGUCCAUUUUAAAUAGAAUUUUACCUUGUGCAUUUGGUGGAAUCCUUGGCCAUUUGAUCUAAACACAGCUGUGAUAGAUUUCUGGCCUUCGCGGUCCUGCAGUUUGCCAAAAAGCGUAGUCUGGAAGCGCGAGGACGCCAGCCCUUUCAGCUUCAUGUGAAUGUAAGAAAAUGUUCUAACGUAAGUGAAAACCACUUUUAAUUUCCAUCAAAUGUCAGAGUUGAUUUCACGUCCCGUUCAGCUUCAUUUUAAAGCAUAGCAUUUGUAGUCAAUUCUUUUAUAUUUUGAGUUAAUCAGUUACAGUGAAGAUGAUUUAUAAACAUUUUAUUCCAGAUUGAAAGGCAUGUUGUAGCUAAUGUAUGUUUUGCCAAGACUGCAUAGGUUUCGUUUAAAUUUUGCAGGGGGUCCAAUCCAACCUAACAUCAUAUGAGGAGUGUUUUAUGUUAAAUAAAACUGCAUGUAGUGUUUGUUAAAUAAACAAUGUUUAUAAAACAUA